UACCGUUAUGAUUUUAGGCUAAAUAAUUUGGCACAUUCAAUUAUUUGAACGUUGUUCAAUCCCCAUGAGAUCACUCGUUCUAAUGGUUUUUAUUCCCGUUCAUGAAGAUCAAUCUGUUUUAUAUCCGCUACUCCGACUGAAAACAACCAAGGGAAUCCAGGUUAGGAACAUGCAAAGAGCAGCAAUGGGAGUCUUCAGAGCAUCAACAACAGAAGAAGCAGAAGCUCUAGCUCUUCUGUAUACUACCAGAUGGGCUAAUCAGAACAAUCUACACAAUCUGGUCAUAGAAGGAGACAAUCAAAUCAUUAUCAACUAUCUGCAGGGGAAAUCAGUUUCAGUUCAAUGGAAGAGUAUACCUAUUCUGGAAGAUGUUAAAUCAGAAUCAUCUGAAUUAGUUUCUUUUUUGGGCUUUAAACAUGUCGACAGGCGAGCCAACAAGGUUGCAGACUUAAUAGCAAAGAAAGGGAGAAGGGAACACUUGACGGCAUGUUGGUUUAAUUAUGUACCUACUUUUUUAUUUUCUUCAAUCGCUUACUCUGUCAAAACACAACAACUAUGUAACAAUCAAAACUCUCUUGUAAUCGUUACAGAGACUGUUAAUUCUGAAGAUUCAGUCACCAGCAGAACAACUUCUACACAGUUGAUUCCAAAUAGGUCUGAAUCAAGGAAUCAACUUUCUGCUUGGAAAUAUAUCUUACUUUAA